AUGGACCGCGGCGGGAUCGCCGGCUCGGUCACAGAGGAAUACGCCGACGACGCAGGUGCUCUCAUCGUGCAAGCUGACCAAGACCAGAGGGAGCAGCCCCCGCCGGCGACAAAAUGGCUCCCAGUUUGCCGGCGGCAGUGCGACUUCGACCCGACGCACUUUUACGAGGCCAUGUUGAAUGCCAUCCGAAACCCGAACUUGCUCUCCACCUGGCUCUUCCGGGCUGAUCUUCUUGCCGAGCACGACGGUGCCUCGCCCUGGGAGGAGGGGGGGCAGCCCCGGAUUCCUGUGCUCAGGGACAUGCGUUGCGAGCGCGUUUUCGUCCGACGCCUCAUCCCGAGGAACACAAAGCGGGACAACACCCUCCUGCAAAGCUGCCCCUUCUACGCUUCCACCGAGCAGGCCGGGAAGAGCGGCAUCAGCAGGCGUCUUGUGCUCUACCUUCCACAUGUUUUAUCUGCCUCCGAAGUGCCGUUCUAUCAUCCCCAGGUCGCCGGUGUCGGGCUUCUCCACGAGUGGGACGCUAGCCUGAGGAAGGGAACCUUCUCAGUCCACUAUCGACUGUUCGAAGACGUUCCCAUGUACACGAAGCUCCAGCGCACGGCUCUCAACAUCCUGACUAUUCUACACAAGCUUGGCCAGGGACAACUCAACGGCUACGUCAAGCGGGUCCAUCACGACAUCCUAGUUCCCCAGGCUGUACUCCAGGACAGAUACUCCCGCCUCAAGGAAAAGUACGCCAAGAGGCUUGUGGAAGGCUGGGUCGAGACCACUGAUCCUAUGAAGCACGUGUUUGAGGAUCUUGGCAUCGCCGCUUUCCUCUUGGAGCUGUGGGCCGAUUUGUAUAAGGACCAAGAGUUCCCGGGAUUCGUGGAUAUCGGGACUGGAAAUGGCCUGCUGGUUCACAUUCUGAACUUUGAAGGCUUCCGUGGCUGGGGGUUUGACGCACGAUCCAGGAAGUCCUGGAAUAUGUACAACGGGAAGCUGCGUGAUGGGAAUGCAUUCCUACGUGAGCUCGUCCUGUUGCCCUCCCUGAUCCAACCCGAGCACGGAUCUUCCCCGGAAGACUCGGACGGCGGCUCACUCGAGGCCAAAUCUCACGACGGAACGUUCCCCAAGGGCACCUUCAUCAUAUCCAACCAUGCGGAUGAACUGACGCCCUGGACACCGAUACUGGCCGCUGCCUCCGACUGCCCCUUUAUCGCCAUCCCAUGUUGUAGCCACAACCUGGGUGGAGCCAUCUUCCGCGCACCUCUACCCAAAGACAAAGCCAAGGCAACAUCCACAUACGCCUGUCUGGUUGCCUGGGUGUCGGAUAUUGCCGCGGACUGUGGCUGGGAGGUCGAGACUGAAAUGCUGAGAAUACCCAGCACACGAAACACCGCCAUCGUGGGGAGGCGCCGGGCAGCCGGGCGGCCAGGGACGGACGUAUACGAGGUCAUAAACAAGCAUGGAGGUGCAGGUGGCUAUCGAGAAAGUGCCAUGAGGUUGAUGAAAGACACAUCCUCGCACAAAAACUAG